AUGAUCCUACAGUUAGCCCAGCUCAGUAGUCAUCAGGAGCUGGAGCCCCACCGCCGCGUGUCAUUGAACACGCAGCUGACGGUGGUGCAACGUUCGCUCAAGGAUGGCGCGGAAGCUGCGGUGCUGGUAGCGGAUGUGCAGCGCCUGUCGCGGAUCGCUACCACGGUAGGCGAUGCUCCUCCACCUCAGGUCGGCAUUGUGGCGGGCGACUUUCUGCAAGCGGCGGCAGCACGGUUUCCACAAAACCAACCGAACCAACCGAACCAAGGAAUCGUUACACUGUAUGUCAUUCGGUCGGACAGACGUCAAGUGAUCACCAUCCGCCGAAUGGGCCCCCUUCUAAAAUGGGGGCUUCAAACCCAUGUCACAUUUCUGAACGGGGAUGCUCCGGGGACGAUUUGGUGCGACCAAGAUGAUAAGCUGCUAAAGAACUCGAUGGAUCUACAACCGGGGCUUCAAACCCAUGUCACAUUUUUGAACGGGGAUGCUCCGGGGACGAUUUGGUGCGACCAAGAUGAUAAGCUGCUAAAGAACUCGAUGGAUCUACAACCGGUAAGCGAGCUCACUGUAGCUGAUGCAAAACGUCUUGGGGUCUUUGAGGGCAUGAAGGCGCCACAAAGCAAUGUUUGUAUUGUGGAGCGUGCGCUGUUCCUAUGGCACGAAAAACAUUUCCAGUUUGCCUUUGAGCAUUACUACACGCUACACGCUGACCGAGUUCGAUAUCUAACUGCAAGGGCUGUUACCCACAAACCAUUGGGUGUUACCAUGCAAUUCGCCACGUAUGUACGGAAGCUGGUGGUGGUACACGCACUGUAG